AUGGCUUCCUUCAACUCCAUGCCGGUAAUGAAUGCCACUCCGGCACAGAACGAAUCGAUCGCCAUGAACCACGCCCGCCAGUCCAUGACCAUGGAUGCCUUCGACCAGGACCUCGGCGGCUUCGAUGAAGCCCUUAUCGAUACCGGUCCGCUCCCCACACUACCCUUCGCGCCUUCCUAUGACUUUGACAACUUUGCGACCACCUUUGAGGAUCCCUUCUCUUACUCGACCCGCCAGUAUGAGCCUACGCCAAACCAGGAUGUCCUUCACGAGGACUCUUCUCCGCAGGACCUCGACAAUAAACUCCUCGGCUUCUCCGACCCUGUCAUGAGUGCCACCAUUGUCGAUGACGCUGGGCAAUUCGCCGACAUGGCCAUGUCUGCCGAGCUCUAUGGCAUGUUCUUUGUCGCUGAGGAUGUCUUUGGCGGCGAAACCACAGGCCGUCCUCUCGAGCUGACCUGCUACCGCCGCAACCUCUGGCAAUGCGCCGGCCAGAUCACCCUGUCCCGCACCAUUUCUCACAUCAUGGAUGAACAGGGUCGUCAAGUCCCUCUAGUCGAGCUCUCUGCCUCCAUUAACGCCCUCGAAUCCAUCGAGGGUAAAAUUACGGAGAUCAUAUCCAUCCCAUGGAAGAGCUCUAAUCCACAGGCUGGCGAGGACAGCAAGGUUGCAACUGCCCCGCCCAACGUCAACAUUGACUUAUCUGCCGGCCAGGAGCUGGAUGCCAACCGUGUUUCGAUCCCUGUCUCGUGGAAGAGGCUGCAAUUCAAGCACGCCACGGCUAAUAACGGUCGCAGAAAGGGCUUGCAGCAACACUAUGUCGUUCAAAUUAGUCUCCUCGGCAAGGCCAAAAAUGGUGAAACGCUCAAGAUUGCCGAAAUUCAAUCAGGGCCCGUCAUUGUCCGCGGCCGUAGUCCUAGGAAUUUUGACAGUAGAAAGGACGUGCCCCUCUCAGGCGAUAAGCGCAUGGAAAGAAAGAACACGGCCAGCUCCGAUGGCACCACAUUAAAGGUCGAAAGAGAACACCUCCAGGCUGCAAUGCAGAGAUAUCACACUAUGCCUGGAGCUAUACCGAAUCCCAACGAUUGGGCGACCCCGCAACCCGUGAUUCAACCAACCCAAAGUCCACACCCCGCGAAGCGAAUGGCUUUGUCACCGACUGUAAACAAGCCACCGGUACCAGCAUGGAACCCUGAUGCGCCGCGAACAGCCUCCGGCCACCGCGGCUCCAUGUCGAGGCCGCGCGAGGCUGGCGCGCCCAUCAACCUGUCUCUCUCCGAAGAUGAAAGAAGUCCCAACCGGUCGAGCGCAGAGCUGCAGAGUCCGAAGCUCGGCAAAUCGCAUCCCGCCAUUGGUCAACACUCUGCUAGUAGUCCAACAGAAGAGGCGGACCCGUUGUACGAGUACUUUCCUCUCAGUGUCGAUGAUUGGAUGCCCCCAGUAGACGCCGUGUACAGGCCCCACGUAGUGCACCAUACGCAUGAGCCGCUUGAGGUGGUCGAGGCGAAGCGCGGCAAAGCGAAGCGAUACUUUUUAGCAGAUUGA